AUGGCUAAUCAACGACUUACAACUGGUGCUCUUUUACGUUAUAUACGUGGUAAUACUUCAGAAAAAGCAACUUUACAAGUUGUAGGUAUUAAACCAAUUGAAAGUAAAACAGAUGAUCCAUCAGGUUCUGCUAAACGUUAUCGUCUUAUGUUAUCUGAUGGCAAGAGUACAUUUUCGUCAUGUAUGCUUGGUACUCAAAUGAAUAAAUUAAUUGAAACGGAUUCAUUAAAAGAAAAUUCUAUUAUACGUGUUGAUCGUGUAAUGGUGAAUUCAAUUGAUAAACAAAAUGGACGAGUUAUGCUUAUGCUUUAUGAAAUUGAAAUACUUCAAAGUGAUUGUGAACGAAUUGGAGAUCCUGUUGCAUUACCGUUGACUGAUAUUAUUAAUAGCGGUACUAAUACAAAUCGUCUAGAAACAACAAACAAUAAUCAAGCACAAGCACCCAUUUCAGCUGCAGCAUCUUCAGCUACGAAUGUCAUUCGACAAGAUUCUAAAGCAUUACCAACAUUAGAUGAUCGAAAAAAAUCAAAUGGUGAUAAUCGUCUUGGUUCGAAAGGAACAAAUGGUAUUGAUAAAGAACGAAUUAUUAAUAUAGAUACACUUAAUCCAUAUAUGACUAAAUGGACUAUCAAAGCUCGUAUUAGUAAUAAAAGUCAAAUUCGAACAUAUGAAAAUGCACGUGGUCCUGGAAAAUUAUUCAGUUGUGAUCUUGUUGAUCAAUCAGGUGAAAUUCGUGCAACAGGAUUUAAUGCUGAAUGUGAUAAAUUUUAUUCCAUGCUUGAAAUUGGUGAAGUUUAUUAUAUUGCUAAAGCAUCAUUAAAAGCUGCUAAUCGUCAAUUUAAUAAUACAAAUAAUGAUUAUGAAAUGACAUUUAAUCAUGAUACAAUUAUUGAAGCAUGUGAUGCUGGUGAAGGAGAAAAUAUUCCACAAGUACAAUUUAAUUUUAUUUCAAUUAAUGAUAUAGCUAAUCGAUCAGCAAAUAGUAUUUGUGAUGUUAUUGGUGUUGUUAAAAGUACAUCUGACAUGCAAACGAUUGUUAGUAAAGCAUCACAAAAAGAAUUUAAUAAACGUGAUUUACUUUUGGUUGAUGAAAAAGCAUCAAUAUCAGUAACAUUAUGGGGUCAACAAGCUGAAGAAUUUGAUGGUUCAUCACAUCCAGUUGUGGCUUUUAAAGGAAUAAAAAUUGGUGAUUUUAAUGGUCGUACUCUAUCAUGUAUUAAUAGUACAUUAAUUCGUCAAGAUCCACCUGAAACACAACGAACGGUUGAACUUCGUGUUUGGUUUGAUAAUGAAGGAAAAUCUAUUGAUUUACCAGAUUUAUCGAAAGGAGCUGAUACUGGAAAUCGACAAACAGUCAUAAAAACACUUUCUCAAAUUGUUGUCGAAGGUCUUGGCCUUGGUGAUAAACCUGAUUAUGUCUGUGUUAAAGGAAUAACUACAUUAAUUAAAAAAGACACGGCUGUUUACAUGAUGUGUCCAGAAGAAAAAUGUGGUAAAAAAGUUGUAGAUGAAAAUAAUGGAACAUAUCGAUGUGAAAAAUGUAAUAAGACUUACAAUAAUUUUAAAUGGGCUUAUAUGAUUUCGGCUGAAAUUUCUGAUGUUACUGGUGCCCAAUGGAUCACUAUAUUUCGAAAUGAAGCUGAAACAUUGCUUGGUGUUACUGCUGAUGAAUUUGGAAAUCAUAAACUUAAUCAAAGUGAAAGUAUUAUGGAAGAUAUUAUUCGAAAAGCAAUGAAUCGUGAAUUAAUAUUUAAACUUCGUGCUAAAGCAGAACAAUAUAAUGAUGAACGAAAAAUUCGAUUUACAUGUAUGAGUGUUAAUGAUAUGGAUUGGUCAUCACAUGGAAGACGAUUAAUUAAUGAAAUCAAUCAAAUGGAACCUAUACAAAAUUGA